AUGGAAGAAGAGGCAGAGGUGGAGGAGGAAGGAGGGAUGGAAAAGGAUUGGGACGGAGAGGUGAGUCAUGGAGAGGACUGGAAGUUGGGAUGCACUUCGAGUGACUUGCGACAUGCUCUCGCACACUCACUGCCCACCGUACCUACUCCCAAUGACUCGAGAUUCGGCCAACCGGUGUGUCACGACAGUGCACUACGUUGGAGCAUCUGGGAAAGGCAGAUGCACGUUGAUAGGUCAAAUCACCAAUUGCAAUCAUCGUACAGUCAAGCACACUGCAUCGACAUGCAGUCAAGUAGUGGCAAUGCAGUCAAUUCCACUCCUCCUUUCCCUCUCGCCGUGUUUGUUGCCUUCUCAUCAUCCACUCCCAUUACGCUUCCCAUCGCACCACUCUUACUGCCCUUCCUCUUUAUUCAGCAUACUUCGCCUUCUUCGCUUUUGUGUGCGCUGAUAGGAAUGGAGGAGGCGAAUCCACGACCACUCACCCUUCCCAACAUGCAUCCAACAUGUUUUGUUGGCAUUGUGUCCUCUUCACAAUGUCAGUCGUUGGGUGUGUGUGAAGUGACGCUUCGUAUUGAAAUGCCGUGUGGUAAUGCAGUCAGACGGUGGGUGGUGAAUAGCCAAAACGACUGGGCCACCGUCACAGCAAACGAAGAUGCGAAGGCAGAAUGGUGUGGGACAUUGUGA